CGAUGCCUGGCGGACGCCAUAUCAGAUGUCGCGCCGAUUCGAUCGUUGAUUACUAACAGGAUGAAUCUGAACUUGCAAGCGGUGACUGCGCGCGAGAGCGAGGAUAUUUUUCCUGAAGUUUUGAUCAUGGGGGAGGUUUGUUUUGGGAUGGGGUUCCCGAGUGCUCGCUUCGGUUUGGCGUGCACAUGGCACUUUCAGUGGGACGAGCCCUGGGUUCUCCUCGAGGGUUUGUCGCAUGGCCAAACGCAAAUUGCAGUUGCAUCAGAAGAACAUACUGUUCGAUGGAACCACCCUCUUAAUGUUCACUUUGCCGUGCGAUCGCCUCUUGGUUGGCCUAAACUUGUCCUAAGUGUCAAUGAACUUGACGAGCACGGACGAUCCCACCUGGCUGGUUACGGCUUUUGUAAUUUACCCAUGAUCUCUGGUUCAUCGCAAAUUACCAUUAGCUGUUGGCGUCCCACUGGUUCGAUGCGGGAUGAAGUGGCAUCGUUUUUCAUGGGCAAUACCGCGAAUCUGAUUAAUGAUGAUAUUGUCUGUGGCAAAGCUGCUUGGAAAAGCCGAUGCCGACUUGUCACUGAGCCCGCGGGAAAGGUGCAAAUAGACGUCGAAAUAGUCAUGCGCCAUUGCCACGCACAUACAGGAAGAUCUGUUUGGGCGAGUGCACUGCCACAACGGAACCGAAUUCGCGGUCAGGGCAAACCCAACGGAACCGAGUCCGCGGCUUACUCGAACCGAGUUCACGGACAGGGCAAACCCAACGGAACCGAGUCCGCGGCUUAGUCGCCCCCCGGGCGCGCGUAUCUAUGCCGCGUGUACGGCCGGAUAGGUCACUAGCUUAGUAAAAGCAGAGGGCCGGGUGGCCACCAAGGCGAUGCUGGAGCCGCAGAAAGAACCGGCCUCAUCGAAGCGACUGGC